AUGGCGCCUUUCGACAGGAUCAAGUCCACGUUUGGACGGAGCAAGUCUUCCAGCAAUGCUGGUGAGGAUCCAGUGCAGGUCAGCACUGUCGUGGAUCCAAAGGAUGAAGAAAACCCCGUCGACCAGGUCGCCCGCAACAAUGUGGCAGAGGAUGCCCAGCGCGGUGUGCAGGCCGUCGAAGCGACAACCUUGGUUUGGAGCAAAGGCUCCCUUGCUGCUGCUUUCGUCUUGAUGUGGUGUGUCUACCUUGUCAAUGGCUUCCAGUCCAACGUCGGAGGAACUCUGCAGCCCUACGCGGUCUCCGAGUGGAAUGCUCACUCGAUGAUCACCGUUAUCAGCGUGGUGACGAACUGCAUGAUGGCCGCCGUCUACAUACCGCUGUCGAAGAUCCUAGACGUUUGGGGCCGCGCGGAGGGUUUCGUCCUCAUGGCCGCCUUGGCCACCACGGGCAUGGGCUUGAUGGCCGGCAGCGGGAACCUUGCGACAUAUUGCGUUGCCAAUGUAUUGUGGCAAGUCGGCUGGUCGGGCUUGAUCUACUCCAUCGACGUGAUCACCGCGGACUCGACCAAACUCCACAACCGAGGACUGGCUUACGCAUUCACAUCAUCGCCCUAUAUGAUCACGGCGUUUGCGGGGCCCAAGUCUGCCGAGGCCUUCCUCAACGGACCCGGCUGGCGAUGGGGUUUUGGCGCCUUCACCAUCAUCCUGCCUGCCGUUGCGGCACCAAUGUACCUGCUGCUCAAGUGGAACCUGCACAAGGCAAAGAAGAGGGGUGUCCUGGUCGCCACGCAUAGAGAGAGCGAAGGUAUCCUCCAGACUCUCAAAUGGGGGUUCAUCGAGUUUGACAUCGCCGGCUCGUUCCUGUUCGCGGCCGGGCUGAUCAUCUUCCUCGUCCCCUUCAACAUUGCCGAGUCGGCCCCCCAGGGCUGGCGCACGCCCUACAUCAUCGCCAUGAUCGUCGUCGGCUUCGUGCUCCUCGUCCUCUUCGGCCUGUGGGAGCGCUUCGUGGCGCCCGUGCCCUUUUUCAGGUAUGACCUGCUCGUCGACCGCACCGUGCUCGGCGUGUGCCUGCUCGACUUUGUCUACAUGAUCGCCUACUCGUGCUGGGCGGGCUACUUCUCGUCCUUUCUGCAGGUGGUCAACAACCUGCCGCCCAGCGAGGCGGGCUGGAUCGACAACACCUUUACCAUUGUCUCGGGCGUGCUGCUGUUCCUUGUCGGCUGGAGCAUGUCCAAGACGGGCCGCUUCAAGUGGCUGCUUGUCGUCGGCAUCCCGCUCUACGUCUUCUCCCAGGGCUUGAUGAUCCACUUUCGCCAGCCUGGUCAGUCCAUUGGAUAUCUGAUCAUGUGCGAGGUGCUCAUCAGCAUCGCGGGCGCCACCUUUAUCCUGUGCAUGCAGGUUGGCCUGCUCGCUGCCGUGGACCACCAGUACGUGGCCACGGGCUUGGCCGUGUUGAGCGUCACCGGCAGCGUGGGGGGCGCGGUCGGAUCCUCCAUCUCCGGGGCGAUAUGGACGAACACGUUCCAGGCCAAGCUUGCCGACUGGCUUCCCGAGGACGCCUUGGAUAACUUGGACUACAUUGCUGGCGAUCUGUCGACGCAGCUCAGCUAUCCUGUCGGCAGCGAGGUGCGCAAGGUGAUUCAGCGGGCGUAUGGGUAUGGACAGGCGAGGAUGUUGGGCGUCGGUACAGGUGUGAUGGCGCUGGCUUUCGUCACGCUGUUUAUGAUUCGCAACUAUGAUCUGAGGAAGAUGCACCAGACCAAGGGAACGGUCUUUUAG